CCUCCAAAAUCAGCACAUUUGAGCCAUGCACGAAAAGCUAGCGGUAAUGUGCAUGAUGAGCGCAAUGAAAUUUAUUCGAAUGGUUUAUUUCAACUGGAUAAUCCUUUACCUCCACCCCGACUCGAUGAAAUUGGUAUCGAAAAUAACAGUGAUGAGGAUCGUGGCUGGAGUGGCGAAACUAUUAAACCCAUUGAACCAUCAGAAUCGAAUGAUAUCAAACCACCGGAAUCGCCAUUAUCACAGUCAGCUGGUCCCUCGUGGCAAGCACCUUUACCGUUCAUAGCACCACCUCAUAAUCGAACUCAACACACUGCAAACGUUAUACGAACACCCCCAUUACCAUUUAAUCACAAUAGCAAUAAUAUUGCUGACCAUGAUAACAACUUUCAACUUAUUCCACCGAAGGUAAUACAUACUCAGUUGGUUACGAAGUUUUUCGCUUAG